GGCCACCUCGUCUCACACUCACGCGCCUUAUCACGCGAUACUUUUGAUCCUACACGUAUUCCUUUUAAGGUCAUAAAUGGUCUAUUUUUAACGUCUAGUAUAUUUUUUGCUAGCAUGCUUGCUUCUGCCCGUUACUAACAGGAAGCGUUUACGGAGUCGAAACAGUCGCACGAAGGCAAGCAGGAGCAGCGAGCCGAGCCCGUUUUACGGUGUUUACGGUAAUGUUAACCGGAAGAGUAAACAAACAUGCGCCGCCAUGCGCAGUGUGUGCGCUCCUCACGAACGCGUCUGUCUUCUGCGGUUCACGGGCGCCUUUUCAACGCGUGCAUCUAAACAUGCAAGCCGAUUCCCGUUAAAUCCGACCCGCGCUACAUCCGCCCGCGAUGCAAAUCGAUGAAAAGCCCGCUGCUGCGUGCGUGAGGGCUGCAUAGCUGGCCGAGCCUCGCUGAUCCGCGUGAGCGCUCUUUAUUUCAUUAGCGUGACCCUAAAGGUGCUAGUAAUUGUAAUGCAUUUCUCUAAAAAAUGCUCCGUGUUUAAGGUGGUGCUCAGUGCCCUUCUCAUCGUUGCACUGCUGCAGCUUUUAUAUCUGUCCUUCCUCUCAAAGUUGCACGGCAAGCAGCAGCGCUACAAGUAUUCCGAGCUCUUCGGCUCCAAAAAGAGCUCAAACCAAGGAGAGAAGAACCCCAGACGGGAGCAUCUCAGGUACUCUUUAUCCACAGGCGGGAUCUUCGAUGGGAGCGGACAGUACCGGGUCUACAAGAACCUGAUUAAAAGCGACUUCUCGACCAAUCAGAAGCCAGGCGCCGACCCCAGGUCGCACCACCUGGUUUUGGCCACGCAUACGACCAUCAACAACCUCCACCAUUUGAGCUCUUUGUUGGAGCGCUGGCAGAAUCCGCUGUCCGUCGCCAUAUUCGCCAGCGGCCAGGAUGUCAAGUUCGCGACGGCGUUCGUUUACGCCCUCGGCCUGUUCUGCCCGCAGGUCCAAGCGCUGGUGGAUUUCCAUCUGGUUUGCCACUCGGGCGAAAUGGCGAGCUUCCCAGACCAGGAUCGAGAGCACUUCGCCGGUCUGGAGGAGAUGGGCUGCUCGGGCGUCUUCGCCAAGCUGGAGUCGCACCGAGACAAGUACAAAAACUACGCCAUCGGAAACAACGUCUCGUACCCCAACAACCUCCUUCGCAACGUGGCCCGCGGCGGUUCAGACGCCGCCUACAUCCUGGUCGUCGAUAUCGACAUGAUACCCAGCGCCAAUCUGCAUCACCAAUUCGUGACCAUGCUGAUGAGGCGCGAACCGGCUGCGGACGAGGUCCUCGUGCUUCCCGCCUUCGAGAUCAGACACACUCGUAAGAUGCCUGCGACGAAGGCGGAGCUGGUGCAGCUUUAUCAGGUGGGCGAGGUGCGGCCGUUCUACGACGAGCUCUGCCCUCGCUGUCAGGCUCCUACCAAUUACUCGCAGUGGGUCAAUCUGGCCAGCAGGGGCUCCGGGCCCCUGGAGGUGGCGUACACCAUAAACUGGGCUGAUCCGUGGGAGCCUUUCUAUAUCGGCGCGCGAACGGUUCCUCUCUACGACGAGAACUUCAGGCAGUACGGCUUCAACCGCAUCAGUCAGGCCUGUGAGCUUCACAUCGCCGGGUACCGCUUCUCCGUGGUGAGCAACGCUUUCGUGGUGCACAAAGGCUUCAAGGUCCAGGGAGAGUUCCACAGCAGAAAGGACGAGGAGAACCGCAAGAACCGCAUCCUCUUCCGCAGCUUCAAGGAGAGCCUGAAGGCCAAGUACCCCAGCUCGCCUCGCCACUGCUGAAAAACAGACCUGGUCCCGGCCAGGAUCACAAAACUGAGACCAAGAACCUGUUUGUAUCUCGGCUCAUCAAAAACAGUCAACGGAGAUGCUCUCGGAUGCUCCUUGUUUUAUCAGCUGAAGACACGAUCCUUCACGCUUUAAAGGAGAGACACUUUUUAUUUAUAUAGUACAUUUGUGACUACUGUGGAUUUUGACAGCAAGAUACAAAUGUCUUCGAAGUUAACUUAUUUAUUUAUUUGAUUGGUUUUAAUGCUAUUUUUCAUCUUGGUUUUCUGAGGCUUUCGAUGUAUUUUUUUUUUUUUUUUUUUAAAUCACUUUCUUGCCCGAAUUUAAGCCAAGACGCCCGAGCUGAAUAGGGUACAAAAUAUUAAUAUACAUCACUGUAAUAUUAUAUUUGAUCGAUUGCAUUAAGAAUUUUUCGCAUUGCAUUGCAGGUUUUCUAAAAUGCAAAUUCGGCAUUAUGUAUUUGAAUAUACACUAAUUUAUAUACAUUUCCGGAGCAUAAAUCUGAACAUUGGAUACAUUUUUUUUUUUCAUUUCUUUUUAAUAUGACUAAGAAAAAUGCGUUGUGAAAUGCAGUGCAUAAACCAGUAAACACCGUCAGAAUAUAGAUGAGAAUAAAAUACUAUAAAAUAAUUAUUUGAAUUGAAAUAUACAGACACAGAUGCAUUUUUAAGGUAAACAACAGGUUAUGAAAACAACAAAUAGCACGCAGUUCUUGCCUUAAUGUAAGAAACCCUUUGCCGAAGUAAACGUGCAGCAGCUACGACGAGAGCGUGUGUGACGCGUGUUUAAGUUACUGACGAGACGAGGUCUAGUAAAGACCCAGAGAUUAGUCGUAAAGCUAUUAACAUAUUAAGGUCGAUAGGCCACCUUUAUGCUAAUAACAGCUCUAAAGACGCUCACAGACCCUGAUGAUAUCACACACACACACACACACGGGGAGCGUCUGAAAAUCAUAUUAGUGUUUUAAUUAUACUGUGGAUUAGGGCUAGAUGACAAUUAAGAAACACUAGAUUAAUGCAGCAAUGUACAGUAUAGUGACUGAACAGGCAAUACUGUAUAAGUCAGAUUUUACAUAUAUCGUAUUAACACUGAACGGGGCUCGUAUAUAUAUUUAUAUACGCAUUUUCUUUUAUUAUAUAGUAUUUUGUAUCGUUUUUUUCCCCUUGCCUGAUAUCGAAAGUGUUUAUUUUUUUACAUUACUGCCAUUUUUUUUUUUGUUUUGGUCAUAAAAGCAAGAUUUUUAGCCAUUGAACUCCGUUCAGCCCGAUGGUGUCGUGCAGUGAUGGAAGCAUGAAUGUUGUGACGCUGGAAAAAACACUGUUGUGAAAAAGAUUGUAAAGUGUUUUAUAAAAUUGUUACAUAAAGUGGUCGCCUAAUUGUUCGAUGACGUGUGAAACUGACACUGUUUUAGUUUGUGUUGAAUGACGAAUGAAGUUGUUCUGUUUUUAUUAUUGACUUGUUUGUUUUGUAUCUGGUUACAAUAAAUCUACGACAUUUGU